AUGGAUGGUAAUACUCAGAAAAAAGCCGGAAAAGAAGGCACCGCCAAACGCCCGCCAACAACUCCGAAUAAGAGUGAGACGAAGAAAGUGAAAACCGGUGAGAUGGACACUGAGCCAGAACUUUCAAACACUUCCCUGCUGAUGGCCAUUCAAGCCUCUCUGCAGUCUCUUAUUGAGCGUUUUGACAAACAAGACAAGAAGCUUGAUGACAUGACUACUAUAAUCAAAGAACACAGUGAGAGCAUUGCUUUCAAUAUGACAGAGAUAGAGGAGUGCAAAAAACAAACGGCCGAGAUGAAAAGUGCAAUGGCAGCGCUAACCCGGGAAAACAAUGAGCUGCGUGAGAGAGUCAAAGACUUUGUGUUGGUGUGGGAGGUUCGAUCUCGGCGGAAGAAGAGAUCCAAAUCCACAGACUCGACGGGGCCCGGUGCAGAAGGAAGUCGGUCUGAGCUGAGGAGAGCCCAGCUGGAGCAGUGGAGAGACAGGUUCACACAGAACCUGCAGGAGGCCGGGAUACUCAUGGAGAAGGAGGAAAAGGCCUGUGAAAAGAAGACGAUCCACUUCCUGAAGCUCAGCGCCCCCUGGGAUGUGUUGGUGUAUUACGCUGAAGACCUCUGUCAAAGAGCACCUCUGCAGGCCCAGCCGCACUUGGACCUAAACACUUCUGCUCGAGUCCUGCACAAACUGUUCAUCCCCAACGUCCUGAUGGAGUCCGUGCCCAACCGCCCGCUGGACUACUACACCUGUGCCUUCCGUCGGUCCAAGUUACACAGGUUUCUCGGGAGCAGCGAUCAGGAAAGUUACUUCACGCAGACGCAGAGACAUCGAGUGGUUCAUGAGAUUCUGGCCAGGACCGUUUAUGGCAAAAGGAAGAGAGCUGAGGUCGGCGUGGACAGACUCAUAAACGAAGGCGCUUACACAGCCGCGUUCCCUCUGCAUGAGGGGCCGUUUGAGCCUCCUGGGUUUGGGGUUCGACCCGAGGAGCUGAACCAGAGGCAGGUCCUGUAUCACUUCUGGGCUCGCUGGUGCAAAUGGUACAAGUACCAACCUUUGGAUCACAUCCGGGAAUACUUUGGAGAGAAGAUCGCGCUCUACUUUGCCUGGUUAGGAUUCUACACGGCGUGGCUGCUGCCGGCUGCUGUGGUGGGAACACUGGUCUUUGUGUCUGGAGUCCUGACCAUGGGCUCCAACGUACCAGCAGAGGAGAUCUGUCACAACGGGAGCCGAUACCUCAUGUGUCCUCUGUGCAACACCUGCAAAGCCUGGAACAUGUCUGAAAUCUGCCCCAUGGCCAAAGUGGGGUAUCUGUUCGACCAUCCAGGCACAGUCCUCUUCAGUGUCUUCAUGUCGUUCUGGGCCGUCACUUUCUUGGAGUAUUGGAAAAGAAAGAUGGCCACUCUGGCUCAUCACUGGGACUGUAUGGACUUCCACGAAGAGGAGGAGGGUCCUCGGCCUGAGUUCGUUGCCAUGGCACCGCUGAUGGAAGAGAACCCUGUGACCGGUGUCAAAGAGCCCUACUUUCCAGAGAAGACCAGACUGUCCCGAAUGUUCACCGGCUCCAUGGUCAUUAUUAUGAUGCUGUGUGUGGUAAUGAUCUUCUUGGUGACCGUGGUCAUGUGUCGAGGAAUCAUCAGUAUCAUGAUGUUUCACACCGGGAGCCCAGUCCUCAGAACAGAGGCAGGAACCAUCGCAAACAUCUGCAGCAGUUUGGUGAAUCUGGGCCUGAUCCUGCUCAUGGGCCGGGUCUACACCGCCAUGGCCGAGCAGCUCACCAAAUGGGAGAUGCACAGGACUCAAACCCAGUACGACAACGCCUUCAUCCUAAAAGUAUUCAUUUUUCAGUUCGUAAACUUCUACUCCUCUCCUUUCUAUGUAGCGUUCUUCAAAGGCCGGUUUGUGGGGUACCCUACCAACUACGGCACUUUGUUUGGAAUGAGAAAUGAAGAUUGCGGUCCUGGGGGAUGUCUCAUUGAACUGGCUGAACAACUCUUCAUCAUCAUGGUCGGGAAGCAACUCAUCAAUAACAUCCAGGAGUUCCUCAUCCCGAAAGUAAAGGCCUGGCAGCAGAAGAGAACACUGGAAAAUGCGUUUGGAGGUCAUGAAAAACACAAACUCCGGCCCUGGGAGCAGGAUUACCAACUGCUCGAGUGUGAGGGUCUCUUUGAAGAGUAUCUGGAAAUGGUGCUGCAGUUUGGGUUCAUCACCAUCUUCGUGGCGGCCUUCCCUCUGGCGCCUCUGUUCGCGCUCCUGAACAACUGGGUGGAGAUCCGUCUGGACGCCCAUAAGUUUGUGUGCGAAUACCGCCGCCCGGUGGCCGAGCGGGCGCAGAACAUCGGGGUCUGGUUUCACAUCCUGGAGGCUCUGUCGCACCUGUCCGUCAUCGCCAACGUGAGGCUGAAAAACUCACCUCUCACCGUUCAAAGCCACUCCUUACAUGAUCAGCACUAG